UCUACACUUCCUCCUUGGACAAACUGCUGACCAGUCCCGUUCCGUGAGUGCAGGGGCCCUAGCGAGUGAUACCCUCCAGUCCAGCCGGGCCGGCAGAAGUGAGGAGCGCAGCCUCGCCUGCCUCCCGGGUCUCAUUAAGGGUACUCUGCAGAGCGUUAACCAGCACCAUGCGCUCCUCUCUGGGGGCUCGUGGGUUCCCUCUGUCGCUCAGUAUCCUCCUUUUCGUGGCUGCCCCAUGUUUUUCGAAAGGCACUAUCACAGAUGCAAAUUUUACAGCUCAAGCUGUCACUGAAGGAACUGUAGAAAUGGCUGAGGAAAAUGUGACAAGUUCAUCAUUCCCAGAGUUAAUUACUAUGGAAGAGACCCUGUUGGUGAUAGAAACAUCUGAUGCAUUAGUGGAAAAAAAUGUGACAAUAGGAAACCCUACUAGCAUAGAACUAAAAUGUAACUUCAGUACCACCAGACCUCCUCCGGAUGUGAAUGUAUAUUGGACAAAAGGUAAUGAUCAGAUCAAUAGAACAAGUAGCAUGAGAGUAUUUGAAAAUAUCCUGCAAGCUCAUAUCAGGUUAACAGUCACUGAUAAAAUGCAUAUGGACAACUAUUCUUGUGUUUUUGAAGCAAUAGAGGAACGAAAAGGCACAUUUCACUUUAAAGUUCCUGAAAUUUAUACAAAAGAAAAGCCACUGGUGAAUUAUGAACGGGAUUCUGCUGUCUUGAAUUGUAACAGUAGAAACUAUGUCCCUUUGGAGUGGAUGUGGUAUACUAGUAAUGGAAGUGAAAAGGUACCCAUUGACAUUACGAUGAAAAGCAAGUAUGAAAUUCUACCAUCCAAAUAUAAUGAAACAAAGCUUAAGAUAAAGCAUCUUCAAGCAACAGAAAGUGGACUGUACUGGUGCCGUGCGAUAUUCCGCCUAGGAGAGAGUGAAGGAAAACAGAACCUCAAAGUGCUAACCUUCCUGGUGCCACUCAAACCAUUUCUUGCAGUAACUGCUGAAGUUGUUAUUUUAGUGACUGGUAUUUUUCUCUAUGAGCUAUAUACCAAAAGGAGACAGACAGCCACAGAAAGUGGAAAAGAUUUUGAACAAGUCGAACAGCUAAAAUCAGAAGAUCACAAUGGAGUACACAAGAAUAACCAAAGAACCAGGCACAGAAAGAGUGAUGCCAGUGUCAAUUAAUGCUCCAGUUAAAGGAAAUUUCAAGCCAACAAAAGAAAAAUCAUUUAGUAAUGAAGAAUCCUGGGAAGCUGUGUUCACAGUUGCACAUUUCAAGAUUGUUUGUGCAUUCUUUUAAGGGCAUAUGGUUCUUCUUGUUGUUGCUUUAAAGAAUGAAAUACAAUGCAGUAGAAACAUGAUGCCAUCCCUGUGCUCAAUAAAUUACUUCAUAAAUAGUGUAUUCUUAUUCCAGGGUGGCAGGCAUAUUUCCAUGCUGUGAUUAUUUCACAACAUUAGUGAAAAGCAGAAGUAUUUUUACUAUUUGGAUAUGCAGAUGUUAACACUUUUUUUUAGUAAAAUGAUGCUCCGCAGGGUAUUCCCCAGUGUUAGGAAAAUCUUAGCUUUAUGCUAGUCUUCAAAGAACACACCAAACAGAUACUGGCAAAAAUCCUUAUUAGAUACUUGCACAUUUUUUAAAAAAUCAACCAAAGAUAUCAUUAAAGGGAAAGCCUUUGCCAUGUGUCUUAAUAAAAUAUGGCAAUAUUUUUGAAGGGAUAACAAAAUGUAGCAUGUGCAUUUGGAAAAAAUAUAUAUAUAAUUUAAAGGAUCCUGGGUCUUUCUUAGUGAAAAUUUAUUUUAUUAAGUUGAGAGAGGCAGCAUAAUCAUACCAACUAGAGAAUUGGCCUUGAAUCCAGGAAGAUUAGGGUUGAAUUCCUUCCUACCCCUGAUGAAUAGUGGCUCUGUGACCCCACUUAAGUUACCCAGCUUCUCAGAGGUCCAGGCAACUCUUUAAACUCUUAAAUUGCAUAGAAAGUGCCAACAUUCCAUUGGUAUAGAGAGUUUCCUUAAUACAGAAUUCUCUAUACCAGUGAAAUCAUAGGUCUGGUUCCUAUCCCUAUCCCUAAUUGGGAAACACCUUCUUCCUUUGUAAAUGAUUGUAGCCUAGUUCCCAUUAAAAAAAAAUACCCUUUUACCUGUAAAUCUUAGUAUAAGUAAGCAUGGAAAGAAAUAAUUUUAUUGUAUCAUUUGAUUAGAUUCAUAUCUUGUCACCCUCAAACCAAUGUCAGUUUGUGUUAUUUCCUGUUCCUUUACCUGCUCACAUUGGGGCCACUUUGCUAUUCAAAAUUCAAAGACCAUCAUCUUGGACCCACAGGAGAUGUCUAGAGGUUUUAUGCUUCACCUCUGGCUAACUGAGACUGGCUUUGCGACUCGAUAUUAGGUUUGUUAUGCAGCAUUACUAUCAUAGAUGCCUGGUCCUAUAUGUGACAUUUAGAGAUGAUUGCUCCUAUACAUUUUUUAAUAUGUAAUUCUGGGAUUUUCCCACAUACUUGACUCGCUCCAGAGGACUGAGACUGAACACAUCUUAUUUACUACACCUCACACAAUUAAAUAUUGUAAUUCCCUAGGUGUUAUUUUCCCCAGCCUGUCUGACCUUUUUUAUUUCAAUGACUAAUCUAAAAAGCUAAUCGAUCAGUCCAUCUACAAACAUUUUUUAAGAGCCUUCUGUAUUAUCGGCACUGUGUUAAAAAACCAGGCACACAAAAGUGAAAAGUGAAAUAUCCCAUCCUCAAGAAGCUAAGGCAUUAAUUGUUACAUAUUCCAUAUAACUCUAUGUAUUUCCUUUGGAUGACAGAAGUUAUGACAUCCUGAGUGAACUGGUAUGCUUUUAAGGGCAUAAAGUAGUUUAUUUCUUGUCUUGUUUAGAAUGAGAUGUUCUUUAAAAGAAAAAAAAGAACAAAACCUUUUGUCAUUUUUUUGUUGUUUAAAAUCCUUUUGUUGAAGAUACUA